AUGUCAAAUUCACUUGCUAAUCUAUUGAACACUUUAAAUACAAUUACUAUAUGGACAAGUCGUAUCAUUCCAAUAUUUCAUCUAAUUUUUGGAACGUUUGGAAAUGUAUUCAAUAUCAUUAUAUUCACUCGUCCAGCAUUGCGUACUAAUCCGUGUUCAAUGUAUUUUUUAGCUGGUUCAAUCAAUAAUAUCAUUUUUAUUUACAGUGGAAUAUUUGUACGUUAUAUGAUAGACGCUUGGAAUUUAGAUAUAACUCUUACUAGUGUUGUCAUCUGUAAAUUUCGUCAAUAUAUAUCAGCUUGUUCUUUUGCACUUUAUUCAUGGUUUAUCGUACUUGCCAGUAUCGAUCGAUUUCUGUCGAGUUCAAAAAGUGCACAACUUCGUCAAUUGAGCAGUUUGUCAAUAGCUCGAAAAGUUAUUUUAUUGACUAUUAUAAUCAUGUUAUUAUUUUAUUCAUUAGUAUUGUUUUUUUUCGCGAUUGAUCUAAAUUAUAGUAAAAUAGCUUGUUAUAUACCAUCAAUCCAAUAUAAUGCUAUCUAUUUUAGUAUUGAACCAUUGAUUUCUGUUGUUAUACCAGUUCUAUUACAAACUAUCUUUGGUAUAUUAUUAAUUGUCAAUGUUCGUAGUAUGCACAAUCGUGUAGUUCCUAUAGGAGACAAUGCACGAAAUGAACGGCAGCGUUCAAAUGAUCGUCAACUGAUUAAAAUGCAUUUGUUGCAAGUAUUAAUGGCUAAUCUUCUCUUAGCUCCUUAUGUUGCGAUCACUUCGUAUAAUUCAAUUGCUAUAACUAUAUUAAAACAGCCGCUUUCAAUACAUGAUCAAACUAUCGUUCUUUUUACAUUGACUUUGGCGCGAUAUUUUGCCUCUACCAAUCCUGUUAUUAGUUUUUAUCUUUAUACUCUAAGUGGACCCAAAUUUCGCAACGAAUUCAAGCGUUGUAGUCGACAUGGAUUUCAAGUUAUUCUUAGAAAAAGUGAUUUUAUGCGAUGUUUGCCGAUGAGAAUUCAACAAGUAGUACGAAAUGAAAACCAAACAAAUACUAAUACUCAAUUCACAGAAAGAACCGAAAGAAGGAAUAAUGUUCAUCCUGUUCAACGAUAUUAA